CCCGGAUACAAUGCAUUUGUCUAGUCAGUACUGUACAUUAUUGUAGUAGCAAACUGAAGGUUUCGUCAACUGUUUUGUCUCGUGUUUCCGUCACUUAGAAGGUUUUCAAGUAUUGAAAAUGGCAAGAUUGCCGCAAACGGUGUGGACAUAUUCUACGAACGCGCUGGCACGGCUAAAAGUGGCCUUCUAUGUAUACCAGGUGCUAUAUGAACGACGCAGACCGACUUCGGUCCUCAACAGAAAUCCGCCAUUUUGACUGCCAGUCAUUCAGUCAUUGCUAUAGACCCAAGAGGCUACGGCAAUUCCCGUCCUCCAAAUCGCACAUUCACCGCCGACUUUCUUCACCAGGACGCAAGAGAUGGCUUUGCUGUAAUGCGGGCAUUGGGAUUCGAACAGUUUUCGUUGAUGGGCUGGAGUGAUGGCGGCAACAGUGCAGUCAUACUGGCUGCCAGUGAACCGGAAGCGAUUAGAAAGAUGGUGAUAUGGGGAGGGAACUCGUUCAUUACUGAUGAGGACAUGCAGCUGUAGGAACGGACGAAGAACGUUGACUCAUGGAGCAAACGACAUCGAGAGGCAAUGGAGUCUGUGUAUGGCUCUGGUGGCCUCCGAGAGAUGUGGAGUAAUUGGAGUAAUACUAUUGAAGAUAUAUAUGCCCAAGGUGGAGAUCUUUAUAAGCAAGAGGUGGGGAGAGUUCGGUGUCCGACUUUCCUUCUACACGGAGCAAAGGAUCCACUCGUUCCUCGUUUACACGUUGACUAUCUGAAGGAGGCCUUCAAGUGUCCUCUACAGUAUCACGAAUUUCCUGAUGGAAAGCAUAACAUUCAUUUGAGGUAUGCAGACGAAUUCAAUCAUAUGGUGUUUGAGUUCUUAGGAAGUGGAGAACAUUGAGUGUAAGGACUUGAUUCUAUCACGAAUGACGGUUGCAUGAGAUGUAUACAAAUAUUUAUUUCCAUCAUAGAAACAUGUCAGCAUUAGGUAUUGCAAAUUUCAGUUAAUUAAUGCUGGGCAUCUGUUUGCUACAAAUUUUGGAGUUUCUGAAGAAACAGAUAAGAGUGUUCUUGUAUUGUUUUCUCUCACAGAAAUUUCAGAAGUCUUGUGUCCAUGCAUGAUUUCGUCAUGCCAAUAGAGUAAAUGAAGUUUG